ACAGAAUGUAAAAUAAUCCAUAAAGUAGCGGGGUUAUUAUCAACUCUUUCAGUCUGCUAACUGUAUAACGGAGUACAACAGUUUAAAGUGAUAAGAACAGUGAAUUUUGAUAGUUUUAAAUGUUCUUGUGCUGUUGUUUGGAGUGCCUCCGGUGACUUUUACGCGUGCCAGAACCGACAUUCCAGAAGUGACAGGCCACCGGACCCGUGCUCUUUUGGAGGCGCUGCACGCGAUCCCGGUUAUCAAUCCAGACUACAACAAGGUGAUGUUCGCCAAGGCAACUGCAAACUUUGUUCGUCAGAUCGACCCAGAUGGAACCCUGAUCUCCGUCUCCCGCCUUAACGACUCAGACAAGUUGGUUCCCAUGGCACUGGUCGUCAAGCGCAACCGUUUCUGGUUCUGGCAACGGCCCAAGUACCUGCCCUCUGACUUCACACUCAGUCACCUGUUGCUAGGAGACAAAGAACUCACUCCAGACGUGUCUGAAUCAGACUUCCUGUCCUAUGAGGGGAGGUUUGGAGACAACCUGAGUGGGAAGCUGGAUGCCAAGGCUGGGAACAUCAGUGUCAGUGUGGAGGGGCGGGGCUCCUCCAAGCUCCAAUUAUCAUUCGGCAAGCUGAAGAAGCAGGAUGUUGAUGUACAGAAGCUAUUGCUGGCCUCCAAUGAUAGGAUGGUGGACAUGCAGCAUGUGCUGGUGCAGCAGUGUCAGAAGCGUGCGGAGGUGUUUGCUGUGUUGAAGGAGAGGAUCCUGACCACCACCCCCUGCUCCAUCUCAGAACAGGUCCAGGAGCAGGGCACCUGCCAGGGGGUUCUGGGACUACUGGGCAAACUGGGGACACACUCUGUAAAGGUGUGUGUGCAGGAGAAUAGCAGUAUAGAGAUGGACAGUGACGUUUCCUUGGAGAUUCCGCCUCUCACUGUCAUCGCCUACAGCCUCAUAGAGCUAGAGGUCAGGAAAGACGGACACUAUGAGCUGUGUCUACAGCAUGGUACUCUUGGAGGAUUCGAGGCAGGCUCUGGGAGGACCUCGCCAUCCCAGGAUUCCUUUGAUACCCUGUGUGUUGUGGACGGGCAGGAGUGGACGGAGAAGGAGAUUCCUGAAGGAGCACCACUCAGCGCAUUGCAGAAAAACUUGCAGGACUUGGAGGUCUAUCUACGUCAGUUAGCGGUUCUCCCAGAGUCGACCCGGUCCACUCUGUUCCAGAGGCUCCGUGAGGUUCUAGUGGACAGAACCACACUCACGGUUCUGGAACACACGUUGGAGGUCUGGUGUAGAGGUAAGGACCUUGACCCUACAGAGGUAAAGGAGUUGUCUGUUUCUCAGAACAAAUCUGUCUCCACCCUAUUGGACCUGGUCCAGAAAGGCCCAACAAAUCAGAUACAGGCUGAUGGAGCAUCCACCCCCCUCCACCUGACUGCCACUCACCUGCUGGUCAGCGCCUUGGAGGCGUUGCCUGAUGCUGCUCUGACUCUGCUGGGAGAAUCUAGCCCUGAUGUCAUAGAAGCCCUCAACACUCUGGUGAUCAAGCUAAAGGUAAACGGUCAGUCCCUCCCCCUUGAGUCACUGCCCCACCCCUUGCAGGACAAGGGGGCAUUCAAAUGGGCAGAGCAGCUCCUCCUCUCAUCCAAUGUGAUGCUGCGGAGAGAGACUGACAGGCUUUGGGCGGAGACCGGAAAAAUGCCAGGAGUGUUUCCAUUGGUCAUGUGCAUCGCUGUGCAAGGACUGACAUCUCUGUACACUGGGAAGGGGUAGGGUGUGUGUAUGGAUGGAUGGGUAUGUUUAAAAUAUAUGACAUUUUGUGUGAAA